ACCAUUUUACCAUGUCCAUGUAGAGUAUUCAUGCUAUCAUAGGUAGGUAGUUACACAAAAGCUUCACCAUCAACGAUAAGUGUUUACGCGAAUGACCGCAUCCAAGCUUGGCAACAUGGCCAUCCCAACGGCAGUUGGUGACGGACGGGAAUAAAAAGGAUAUUGGAAGCUGAAAAGGCAGCCCGUGUUCACAUCACCAUCAAAAAAGACCAAUCUCGACUGCCCGUCAUGGCCAUGAUAUCGACAACUGUCAGUCACCGCCAUGUCAAGACUCAUCGAGUCAUUCGUCUGAUUUCAUCGCUCGCUCAUUCCUGUACAACUCAAAUACCCACCCAUCCAUCCAUCCGAAAGCCCCGGGCACAUCAUCUUCGGAAUCGGAUCACCGAGAAAAUUCUCCUUUGUCCUGGAUUCGAGGCUCCCUACUGCCCAUCCAUGUACAUGUAACAAGCAGUAUCUGCCCUUGUAAGCAGACAAACUCCUGCAGCUCGCAUGUACCGGCUACAGUUCGGA